AAAGGAUUCCCAAUUUGCAGAGCUUUCUGUGUUUACAUCGCCAUAUUCUGAGAGCAGGGCUGAUAUGUAAUUACAGGAGUUAUCCUGAAUAAAUCAGAUGUCUCGUUCUCAUCUCGGCGUCCAUGAUGACUCGUCACUUUAUAGCGUUUUACGGCGACAUGAGCUGAAAGGUGACGGACGCUGAAUGUCGAACAAACCCACAGACACAACUGCUCCCUCUUCUCCCUGCUCAUCAUUCCCUCUCUCGUCUCCUCCCUGAUGCCACCAGAAAAAAAAUAAAAAUAGCCUGGGGACAAAUGUAGCUCGCUAGCCGUCUCCAUGGAUAUCGAGGGGGUGCUGCAAAGACUGCCGCAAAUCUUUUCACUCACGCCAUUGUGCUGAAGAACAAUGGUCCUCAGACACACACCCCUCUCCCUCUGCCGACCUCCUCCACAGUCCCUCUGGGGUCAGAUGCUCACUGAGGCAGGCACUCGUACACAAAAACACACUGUCGUCUGUGGUUAUCCAGUUUUACUGUAGUAAAUCUGCUUCUAGGGCCUGGAAAAUUAUUAAGUACUGAAGUCGUAAAGUAAUAACAUAGUAAUGGGUUUAAAUAGCUCAUGAUUGCACCAUGAGGAGCCGUCAGCCUGGCACGUUAACUACUGAUAGAUGUAUCCUUCACAUGUAAGGAUCAUUGUUAAAGGUCUUAAAGUUCAUGGUUGGGGAUGAGGCUGUGUUGAUUAUUAGAUUGUGGUUCUGUAAAUAUUUACUGGGUUAACAAGUGCAUCUUUUCUGUAAUGUUACAUAACAUUUUAUUCAAAACAGGCUCAUGUCAGCAUGUGACAUGUUCAUUUUGAACUGUAGAUUAAUGAAAUAAACAAAUAAAUAAAUAAUAAAGGUUAAUGUUUCUACAUUAACCUUUAUUGUAUGAACGUUAAAGGUAAUUUUAUACUGGUAAUUUUACAUUCUGCUUUCUGUCUAUGUUUAAGUUAAUUUAUGUCUUGAAAACAUGUUAAAAAAAAGUACAUCAAGAAAAACUAGUUUCCAUUCAAAAGAUAUAUACUUUGCUUUUAAAGCAUUUACCUACACAUGGGAUUUCCUCCAGGCUGCUUUAGCUGGUGGUACAACGAUGGUGAUCGGACAUGUUCUGCCAGAGAAGAAUGAGUCUUUGCUGGAAGCGUACGAGAAGUGCCGCAGCAUGGCUGACCCAAAAGCUUGCUGUGAUUACUCUCUUCAUGUUGGAGUUACAUGGUGGGGACCCAAGGUCCGAGAUGAGAUGGAGAAACUUGUGAGAGAGAAAGGAGUGAACUCCUUCCAGAUGUUCAUGGCCUACAAGGAGACGUUCAUGCUAAGGGACAGCGAACUCUUCCAGGCCCUGCAGCACUGUAAGGACAUCGGGGCCAUCGCAAGGGUCCACGCUGAGAACGGGGAGCUGGUCGCCGAGGGUGCCAAGGAAGCGUUAGACCUCGGGAUCAGUGGCCCGGAGGGGAUUGAAGUCAGUCGACCUGAAGAGCUGGAAGCAGAAGCAACGCACAGGGCAAUCACAAUCGCCAACAGGGCCCACUGCCCGAUCUAUCUGGUCAAUGUGUCCAGCAUGUCUGCAGGCGACGUGGUGGCUGCAGCCAAGAUGCAAGGUAAGGUUGUCCACGGAGAGACGACCACGGCCCACGCCGUCCUGAACGGCAUGCAGUACUACCACCUGGACUGGUCUCACGCGGCCGCCCACGUCACCGUGCCUCCUCUCCGCCUGGACCCCAGUACUCCCAACUUCCUGAUGAGUCUGCUGGGAAACGACACUCUGAACGUCCUGGCGUCCGAUCACCGUCCGUUCACAGUCAAGCAGAGGGCCAUGGGCAAGGAUGAUUUCACAAAGAUCCCUCACGGCCUUCCAGGCGUUCAGGACCGUAUGAGCGUCAUCUGGGAGCGGGGGGUGGUUGGAGGCAAAAUGGACGAGAAUCGUUUCGUCGCCGUCACAAGCUCUAACGCGGCCAAGAUUUACAACCUGUACCCGCGGAAAGGCCGGAUCAUCCCCGGAGCAGAUGCUGAUGUGGUGGUCUGGGACCCCGAGGGAUCCAAGACCAUCUCAGUGGACAACCAGUUCCAGGGAGGCGACGUAAACCUGUACGAAGGUCUGCGUUGUCGCGGCGUGCCCCUGGUUACCAUCAGCCGCGGGCGUCUGGUCUAUGAAAACGGCAUGUUCACGUGCGCAGAGGGUUCUGGGAAGUUCUGCCCUUUGAGGACUUUCCCAGACUACCUCUACAAGAAGAUGGUGCAGAGAGAAAAGAGCCAGGCGGUGAAAGCUGUUGAGCGGGAGCCCUACAACGGUGAUGUUGUUGCCGUGGUGAAUUCGGGAAAAAGGGACAUGGGCGCUCCGGACCUGGACACCCCAACGCGCCCCUGCACCCGUCAUGGCGGCGUGAGGGACCUCCACGAGUCCAGCUUCAGCCUGUCUGGUGCUCAGAUUGACGACAACAUUCCAAAGAGAUCCUCGGCUCGGAUCCUGGCCCCUCCUGGAGGGAGAUCCAGCGGGAUCUGGUAGACGAAGCCCAACGCGGGGGAAAAUGUGCGGCGGAGCAAGGCGACUCAUCUUUCUUUUAAAACAAGUCGAUUCUGUAUGAAGCGAUCGAGUCACAUUUUGGUUUGUUUGGUUUUUUUAUCUUGAAUUUUGCUGUUAUUUAAGACCAUAAAACCGUAUCCAUGUCGAUUUGCUGAAUAUUAAACAUUUGUCACGUUGUAACAGUGACCAAAAUUCAGUCAAAAGGUAACCAAAUAUGAAAGCAGCAUAAAAAAAAAAACGAUUUGUUGUUGAGUUCUUUUAGUUUUUUUUUUUUUUUUUUUUUUUUUGGAUCAUGUUAGGGGAAAGCACUGUACCGUAUAGUUUAGAAAACAUUGUUUUUAUGAAACAAUUGUGUUACCUCACUGUAAGAUACAACUUUUUGCACUUGUGUCAUGUACUGUUUAGAUGCCUUUUUACAUCCUUUAAUGUCAUAAGAUGAUUUUUACUGCGGGCCGUGGUGAAUGAAUUGUAACUAUUGUAUAUGUAUUACAACAACUCGUCGGUUUUGAUCAGCUGAUGGAAGGAAAAAGGAAAAAUUACCUACACUUUCUUUUUUUUAAUGUGUAUAUAUUUUUAUGUUUGGAUUGUUUUGCGUUCUAGGGAUCAAAAAGACGAAGGAGUUCAGAUUAGCGUCUCAGUUGAUGUUUACAGCAGGAUGGGUUUCUUUUUCCCACCCCACUAAAUGUGAACGAACCUCCGCCGUGACUUUUUUUUUGUUUUUUCUAUGUAUGUGUGUUAUGAUCGCUACUAUCAUGUCAAGCACAACUAUUCAUUUUGCUUUUCUUUAUAACCACACUGAGCAAAAAGUCUCACCCAGAUGGCCUUUUUAACACCUAACCCCCCUCAAACAAAAAGAACGUAGAUCAUGACGUGUCAGUCGCCGUCAUUUCUGUCCUGGUUCUUUUGGGGGCGGAGCUUAAACGCUCCCACCAACACUUCCCGGCUAGCUGACGUCGCCACUGUGAAGCAUGUGGAAGUGUUUUCACAGUGUGUUGGCGUCGGGAAGUUAGUGCCAGGCGUCUACAUGCCUUCAGAUGUUAACAGUAUGUGUGAUUGUUUAGUUAGAGCAGAAACACACUAGUGCUUUUGUUGUCUUUUU